AUGACUUCCGCGGCCCGCCUACUGUGGGCUCGCACCCCAGACCUGGAGGGAGACCAGGAACCCAGCAGCGCCCAGGAAGGGGAAAGGCCAGCCGUUUUUUUCGCUUCCCGCAUCUGCGAUCUUGCUCGUACUCUCUCGCACACGGUUCGGGAGAUUGACCUUCACACGCCUUCCGACCUCCCGGCCAGUGUCGUGAGCGAGACCAUGCCCAGGGCGAAGACGCCAGCCAGCCCCGGCGUCGUGCCAGGCAAAGUGAAGAAGAAGGGCCAGGGUCAAGCCAUUCAGACAGCCGCGUCCAUGUCCACAUCCGCGUCCUCGUCCGCAUCCACGGCGGCCACGGCGAGCUCCAACGCCCCACCGCCUGCCUGGCCUCCGUUCAAGCCAGCCUUGCCCGUGACGGACCUGCUCCCUGAGCCUCUCGAGCAGUGCCCCGACAAGGUUGUGCUGCUGCCCAAUUUCUGGCCCAAGUCCCUCUGCAACACCUUUGUUGCCUUUCUACGGGGCCUGGCGCUCGAGACAACGCCCGGUGGCCGGCCCAAACGAAACAUGGCCGCUCGCGUCAACGACCGCUUCCAGGUUGACGAUCCUGCCUUUGCCCGUCGUCUCUGGCUUGGUACCGGCCUUCGUGACGCCCUGCAGCGGGAAGAUGUCAGAGCACUCUGGUCAGUCGAACCCGUUUUCUCCUCCCCGUUCCCUUUUUUCAUUUUUCCAGAGGUCAUCAGCAUCCUCACUUAUGUGGUAUCACACACCUUGAUGCCGUCAUGCUCACGCUCCUCCACUGCCCCCACGCUGCUGCUGCUGCUGCUGCCGCUGCCGCUGCUGCACGGGGCGCCACCAGUCAGCCUUGGACUGGCUGCGCCCUCCAGAGGACAUGGGUUUUGCCAUUGA